AUGUUUCGGCUAUUUAACUUGGCCAAGAUAAGCGGCGAUAAGCGGACUAUUAUAAAAACUAAAAGCGCUUUCAGUUCUCAUCAGUCGCCGACAAGUCGUGGAAUUGUAAUAAAGUCUACGUCAAGAACGCUUGAAAUCAUGAGUAAUAAAACAAAGCAAACUGCGCGCAUUGUCGUCAUUGGAUCGGGACCGUCGGGCAUCGCAGCUGCCACUCGGUUGAUCGAACAGGGAUUCAAGAAUGUGAGCAUCUUGGAGGCAGAGAAUCGCAUCGGAGGACGCAUUUGUACCGUGCCCUUUGGCGACAGUGUGGUCGACAAAGGAGCUCAAUGGUGUCACGGCGAGUCUGGCAAUGUUGUCUAUCAGCGUGUGAAGGAUUUGAAUCUGUUGCAUCGCACUGGAGAUGCCUUGAAGACGAUGACCUUGGUGCGUUCCAACAAACAAGUGUUGAACAAUGAAACUGCUUUUAUACUUGGCAGCGCUUUCGAAAGUUCGUUGCCAACUACGCCAAAUGAACUAAAUGGUUCGCUUGGUGAUCACUUGACGGAUAACUUUUGGAAGGCACUUAGCGCAUCGCCACCAGUGGAUAAAACCAUUGCCAAGGAGCUGUUCGAGACGGGCAAGCGACUGCGCUGCUCCUUCACAGCUUCGGAUCAUCUGUUUGAGGUCUCGAGGAGAGCGCACUUGGAGUUUGCUCAGAGUGAUGGCGAAUUUCUGCUCAAUUGGAAGGACAAGGGUUACAAGACUUUUCUUAAGGUGCUGAUGAAUUCCAAGCUGAAUGAUGCUGAAGAUCUUGGUGUGCUCAACGGACGUGUCAGGCUAAGCAAGCGUCUGACUGAAAUCAAUUAUGCAAGUGACGAGCAGCUGAAGCUGCGCUGCGAGGAUGGAGAAGUGAUCACAGCUGAUCAUGUCAUCUGCACCGUGAGCUUGGGUGUGCUCAAGGCGGUGCAUCAACAGCUCUUUGUGCCCGCGUUGCCUGAGGCUAAAGUGCGUGCUAUUAAGGGACUAAGAAUAGGCACCGUCAACAAGUUCUAUUUAGAGUUCGCCGAGCAACCUUUGCCCGCUGAUUGGAUUGGCGCCAACUUCCUGUGGUUAGAAGAAGAUCUCGAUGAGCUACGCGGCACUGAACGCUUCUGGCUCGAGGGUGUCUUUGGCUUCCAUCGUGUGCUGCAUCAGCCGCGACUGCUGCAGGGCUGGAUCAUUGGCGAGCAUGCACGCUACAUGGAAACCCUCACCGAGGAGGAAGUGAUCGAGGGAUUGCUUUGGUUCUUCCGCAAAUUCUUGCCCUUCAAUGUGCCACAUCCACAGCGCUUCCUUCGCACCCAGUGGACUUCCAACCCGAACUUUCGCGGAAGCUACAGCUCGCGCACCAACUACACGGAUGAACUGCGCACUGGACCCUGGGAUCUGGCGACUCCGCUGCUCGACGCAACAGGUCGACCCAAGGUGCAGUUUGCCGGCGAGGCGACGAGCAAGACGCACUUCUCCACGGUGCAUGGCGCCACAGAAACUGGUUGGCGAGAGGCCGAUCGACUUAAUGAAUACUACAGCAGUCGCAACAAGCUAUAAAGUGGGCGUGGCAUCAACGAUUACAAUCGAUAAUUAACUUCUGCGCAAGGGGAAAUCUAUUUGGCAAGAGCUUUGCCCACAGUUGACCUUAACAUUGAAUAUAAAAUAGUUUUAUGUACACACAACAACAAACAGUUUCUUAUCGUUGAAUGUAGAGUAACUGAUUACUUUGUAAGAGCUUUUGUACGUACAAUAUUUUUAAUGAUACAGAAAAGCUAUGUGUUUGAUUUAUUUUCUUGUUUAUUACUGUAACUUUCUGUUGGGAGGGAGGAAGCAAGUAACUAGAAUAAUUUGUAAUAUAAAAUGCUUAAUCUAUGUUAUCCAUAAAUAGAAUGGGAAUUUUUAAAUAUAAUACAAAAUUAAAUAAAAACCAUAUUCAUUCUAAUGUGAAGUAACAACAAUAAAAUAACCUAACGCUUUCUUUGUUUGUUUUUAGAAAUUCACUAUUAAUAGUAUUGCGCAAUUCAAAGAAUUUUUGUAAACAACUGUGACUGAUUUGGCAAGGCGUUGAAAAAGGUUGGCACUAAAUA